UUUUUUUUUCCCCCAUAGAUCUCCUCCUAACCACGAUUUGCAUUAAAUUAACAUACACAGUCACUAUUGCAGUCUGUGGCAAUGAGAGCAGCAGCAACCCGGCCAACGUGGAAAUAAAGGAGGUGAGUCUAUUUAAAGAGAGAUGAACCUGUGGACACAAUGAGCCCUUGAGUGUGAUCGUCCGCCCAUCCGCCUUCACUCCUACAGCCUCUCAUCGGAUCGCUCUGCUACUUUCGUCCCCUCACGAGACAGCCAUGGCCGGGGAGAAGGUCCGUCGCAACGUGAUAGACGCCCAGCGCUUGGCCACCCUGCUGCAACGCGGGGUUGAGCGCAUGCUGGUCAUCGACAGCCGCACCUUCUCUGAAUACAACUCCUCCCACGUGCUGAGCUCUGUCAACGUGUGCUGCUCCAAGCUGGUGAAGCGACGGCUCCAGCAGGACAAGGUGUCCAUCAUCGAUCUCCUCCAGCCCAACUCCAAGAUCAAGAUGGAUGUGAAAAGGAAGCAGGAAGUGGUGGUGUAUGACCAGAGCACACGGGAUGCCAGUCUGCUUGCCUCCGACAGCUUCGUCCUCAUCCUCCUGGGCAAACUGAACAGCAGCUUCCACCAAGUGUCGCUUCUCACAGGGGGCUUUGCUGCAUUUUCCUCCUGCUUCCCGGGGUUGUGUGAGGGGAAGCCAGCCGCCAUCUUGCCAAUGAGCAUCUCCCAGCCCUGCUUACCGGUCGCUAACGUUGGCCCCACGUGCAUCCUGCCACAUCUGUACCUGGGUUCACAGAAGGAUGUCUUAAACAAGGAUUUGAUGGCACAGAAUGGCAUCACCUUUGUUCUGAAUGCUAGUAACUCAUGCCCAAAGCCAGACUUCAUCUCUGAGAGCCAUUUCAUGCGCAUUCCUGUCAACGAUAACUACUGUGAGAAGCUUUUGCCUUGGCUGGACAAAACCAACGGGUUUAUUGAUAAAGCAAAGGUGUCCAAUUGUCGAGUGAUUGUGCAUUGCCUGGCUGGGAUCUCAAGGUCAGCUACAAUAGCCAUUGCCUACAUCAUGAAGACCAUGAGCUUGUCCUCGGACGAUGCAUACAGGUUUGUUAAAGACCGGAGGCCCUCAAUAUCUCCCAACUUUAACUUCCUGGGGCAGCUACUUGAGUAUGAGAAGGACAUGAAGAUGCUGAAAGCCUGGUCCUCCAGUUCCAGCAAGCCCCAGCAGAAGAGACAGGAGGUGGAGCCCGAGAAGAAGGAAGUGGAGACUGGCAGUGCCAACACCAACCAGGAGAACGGGCAUUCUACCUCAGGGGCUUCCGAAGCAAAGAAGGGCUCCGAGUCCCAGCCUGAUCCAGAGAAAAGGGAGUCGAAGCUGGCCUCCCCCACCAUGCUCCAGCAGGGUCUGAACGGCCUGCACCUGUCAGCCGAACGCAUCCUUGACACCAACCGGCUCAAGCGUUCCUUCUCCCUGGACAUCAAGUCUGCCUACUCUUCGAGCAAUUGCCCGCGGACGCCCACCGUCACCACUCCUAUGGACUCUGAAGAUGUCCCCAAGCUUUAUAAGCUAGACAGCCCCAGCGGGACCAACGGAUUUUGCCAAUUCUCUCCGGUCCUUGAUAGCCCUGGGGCGGCUGAGCCAAGCAGCGAGGCCAAGGUACGGCAGCGGAGAAAACCGAAGCAAAAUGGGAGUGCUGCGAGUCCCAUGUCUAGCUCCCCGGCCCACUCUUUAAGCUUGAACUUCAACAGGGCGGGCCCUGUGCACAGGAGCCCGAGCCUGGAUGACAAUCUGAAGACCUCUGCCUUGCUGGGCCUACCCAAUGGCCAUCAGCCGCUAGUGGGGUCCAACGGGAUGAGUGUGUGGAACAAGCACAGAGAAACAGUACAAGCCACAACACCCGGCACUCCUACAGACGAGAACCCUUGGUACUUUGGUACAGACUGUCAGCCCACUCACGGGAGCACUGGCAGUGAGAACUCCAUGCUGUUCGGCAGCAGCUCAACUUACACCUCGUUCAGCUGCAGCGGGCUCCCGAGCGGCUGUGAGGCGGUGCAGCUGCGGGACAAACCUCAGGAGCACCGAGACUCCCGGGGCAGCUGGCAUGAGGACAGCAGGGGCAUGGUGGAUAAGCAGUUUAAGCGCAGGAGCUGCCAGAUGGAGUUUGAGGAGGGCAUCUCGGAGAACCGGUCCAGGGAAGACCUGGGAAAAAUAGGCAAACAGUCAAGCUUUUCCGGGAGCAUGGAAAUCAUCGAGGUCUCCUGACAGACACGCAGAAAGAAGGGAACUAUUUAAUGGGGAAGGAUUUGGGUGGUAAGAGUGGGUGGGGUGGUUAUUUAUACUUGUUUUAUUUUUAUGAUUUUUAAAAAACAAAGGAACAGUCUUGAGCCUCUUGGCCUCUGAGUAUGCCAGGAAAAAGGGGAAGAAGCAGGGUUGCUAUGGUAAUCCACAACCGCCUCCACACAUACAAUUUUUGCUGUACUAUUUCUUUGGGUUAUAUGUAUACCACGCGGUCUCACAAUGCACGCCAGAGCUGAGUGGUAUCCUGACCAUGGUAUACAGUGGUACUGAAUUUAUGAAGGAUUCCUUGUUAAGGAGAAUGAGGCCUGAGCUGACUUGCCCACUACUUGGUGAAACCGUGGUACGUACUGUAGCACAGUGCAGUACAAAGUUAGUGUGCCACAAUUUGACACAAGUUCACCAUUCUAAUUGGGCUUUGUAUUUUAAAAGCUAAAUGGCAGCUGCUCCUUUUUAUGAAUGAUGUGCUCCUCCCCAAGUUUAUUCUGAGCAUGCUCAGAGCAGUGGGUUCCAUUUCGACAAUGUGCUGCCGAGUCGCAGUGUCAAGCUUUAUAUGUUAUAUAUAUAUAUAUAUAUAU